AUGCGAGCGGGGAUGAGAGCGGCUGGCAGCUGUCCCCGUGCCCAUGCAAGCAGCCGGGACCCCAGUGCUGCUAUCAUCGCCUCCUCGCUCUCCCCUUCCUCCCCUUCCUCCCCUUCCUCCCCUUUUUCCUCAAUUCCUGCGCCUCUUGCUGUGGCUGUGCGUUCUGCUGCUGUGUCACAAGCGUGCUCCAAGGGCUCUCAAAAGCCGCCUUCCGCUGUGCCAGGGCCAGUGUGGAGGGAGACUCAAUGGGGGGCAAAGGUAGUCCGGGAGAUGAAGGAGGAGGAGGAGGAGGAGGAGGAGGAGGAGGAGGAGGAGGAGGAGGAGGAGGAGGAGGAGGAGGAGGAGGAGGAGGAGGAGGAGGAGGAGGAGGAGGAGGAGGAGGAGGAGGAGGAGGAGGAGGAGGAGGAGAAGGAGGAGGAGAAGGAGGAGAAGGAGGAGGAGGAGGAGGAGGAGGAGGAGGAGGAGGAGGAGGAGGAGGAGGAGGAGGAGGAGGAGGAGGAGGAGGAGGAGGAGGAGGAGGAGGGUGAUGGAGCGGGCAGAGUUUGA